GCGUAAUUGACCACGAGAACUAUGCAACAAACUUGUUACCCGUUCCAGAAGAAGCUGUAUUAUCUGGAACGGAUGAGCGUUGAGCGUCGCAGACAAUGCAACGCCAACCCUUUUUCUUACGGCGUUGUCCCAUGACUUGCUGCGACAUCGCUGAGAAGCAAUUAAGCGCCUCACAUUGAGCGCUCUCCUGGAAAUAUUACGAGAUAUGCUCUCCCUAUGCCGCUCGGCAUCGCGGGAUGCAACCUCUCCGUGCCUCACUAUGCAAGCUAACUCCCUCCGGUGAGCACGCGGUUGCUAACGACCACCACCAUGGCCGCGCCCAGGACUCCCUCAGCGAGACAGAACGCCUCUGAGCCCUUUCGCGUGGCUAUCGUCGGCAGCGGCCUCGCAGGGCUCUCUGUCGUGCUCGGUGUUCACAAGGACUGCAUUGACCCAGAUUCGUUGCAAAUCGAUAUCUACGACGCCGCCGCUGUUCUGUCAGAGAUUGGCGCUGGUAUCACCCUCUGGCCUAGGACAGUAGCGCUGCUUCGCGACCUUGGUGUCUUGGAUAGUUUGGACGUGUCUCCCGGCGAAGAAGUUGCAUUUCGCAUGCGCAAAGGCGAUCAACCAGAGGGAGUCGACUUUUACGACGUUAGGUUUCCGGAAGGCGCACCUCUCCGCCUCCUCCGCGCAGAGUUGCAGUCACGGAUGAUCUCUCGACUGCGCAAGGGCCUGAACUUUCACCUUUCUCGACGUGUCACAGGGCUUGAGCAGGUAGACGAUGAGGUCCUUCUCACAUUCGCCGACGGGAGCACCACGACCUGCGACCUCGUUAUUGGUGCUGACGGGGUGCAUUCGACCGUCCGCGGGCUCAUCGUUGAGAAUGAAUGUUUGCGACUCAAGACGCAGGGCGCUCUGGCAACCGAGGUCGACGCAUUGGCCUCGUCCGCGAAGACGCAGUGGUGCGGAAGAUACGCGUAUCGGGGAAUGGUAGACGCCUCAGCCCUUCCGCCUGACCAUCCUUCGUUGGAAGUACCUAUGCGGUAUGUGGGCGCGGAUGGGCAAGUCAUCACGUAUCCUAUACCUUCGAAACCUGUUGUGAACGUACUUGUGAUGGUUCGUCAGGAACCCAUUGACGUGCCACGCACAACGGACGCACCCCGUGGGGAGGCGGAGGCCGCCUUCGUGGGGUGGGAGCCUGCGGUGGCGCAGCUUCUGCAGGCGAUGAAUACGGGCUCACCGACUUUAUCGCGAUGGGCACUGGUGACGGUACGGCCACCGCCUAGCUACGUUUUUGGACAUGUCGUGCUCAUUGGGGAUGCGGCGCAUGGGAUGCUCCCCUACCUCGGUGCAGGUGCAGGCAUGGCCAUCGAUGACGGCUACACGAUUGGGCGUUUGGUCGGUAACUGGGCCAAUGAAGGCAGAAGGACGCCUCUGACAAGCAUUCUUGGGGCGUACGAGUCCCUCCGCGGACCGCUCACUCGCGAGAUGCAUUCCCGUUCAUUUGCAAGCGCGGAGGCGUUGGAACUGGGCGGGGAAUAUGAGGCACUGAGGGACCGGGAAGUUAGGAAAGGGACGCCUGACCUAUUGCUUCUACUGAGGAAGCUGGGUGAGAGUACGGCAGAGGAGCACAUGUGGGCGGCGGGGAGGUGUGCGCCAUAGGGAAAACAGCGAAUGCUUGUAUAAUUCUGGACUGCAAUUCAAUGUUAUUGCCUCGAUGCCUACACCGAAGAUUCAUUUCGCGCUAGGCGCGGAUGCAGC